AUGUCACCGCUGUUGGAAAUGAAGGGCAAGUUGCGUUUUUGGCUAAGAGGGAUGGCUUUCUCUUCCGACACCAAGCCUGCAAGACGAGCUGUUGUAGGAGGCAAUCUGUCUCCGGGAAGAGAUUGGAAUUCACGAAAGGAGGCGAGGCAGCGGUUCUAG